AUGGUUUCUCCAAUUUAUUUGGCCAAGGGCAAAGAGCAUCUUGACUCUGAAGGAUUCAUUGCCGUUGGUAGAAGGCGGCAAAUAAAUUCCUUGAAAAAGGAAAUUCGGAAUGUGGCUGAAAAGCCCAGCAUUUCCAAAAACUUUGCAGACAUUGCGGUUUCAACUAAUAUAUUCUCCGCAAUUGGAUUUGGCGAAGACGAGCCAAUCAAAGAGGUAAAACCAGCAAAUAAAUUCACGGAAAACAAAAAAACUAUAAUUCAAGAGAAGUCAUUAAUCUGCUGGAGACCUCUCUACUCUCCUAUUUCCAACCAAGCACUUUCACCCAAUACAGUAAAGAACCUUGCUAAGAUCGAUGAAUGGAAGGAAACGGAAGAGAAAGAAAAGAUGAAGGAACCAGAACAGGCUAAACCUAUAACGAAGACUAAAAUAGAAAAGAAAAUGGAAAAGUUGGACUACCAGAAGAAGAAGAUGGACUCGAGGAUGAAAAAAAUGGACCUCAAAAUGAAGGCAAUGGACUUGAAAAUGAAAAAAAUGGACUUGAAAAUGAAGAAAAUGGACUCCAAGUUGAAGAAAAGAGCUUUAAAGGCCGAAGACAAAAAGUCUUACUCCGCUAUUGCCUUGUCUUCUCGUCCUUCUUCCAGAGACCCAAACAUGUCGGAAAUCUCUUUCAAGUCGGAUGAAAACCACACUCUUCUUCAUAGACUCAUCUUUCCUCUCUAA